GCAGAAGCCAGGACCAUAUAUGUAUAUUAGCUUUUACUACUCAAUUAUUUUUCUGGUAGCUUGUGCCAUCCUCAAUUUUACAAUUCUGUUUAUUUACAAAAAUAUUAAAAGUUCUAAUAAAACAAAUACUCAGAAAAAAAUUGAACGAAAUUUGUUAAUUUAUGCUUUGGGUACUUUGUUUGGACAUGCAAUUAUUGCUAUAGUGACAAUAUUUCUAUAUGUCUGCCCAAAAAGCCAUUCAAUGCCAGCACUUUUUUCAUUGUUGCCUGUUGUUACAGACAUUGGAACUUCUGGAUUGUCUUCAUGGCUUCUUUUAUUUAUCAGCGAAGAUUUUAGAAAUGAAUUCUUAAAAGAUUGGAGACCAAAAUAUUUUUAUAGAAAUUCGACAAAUAAUUCAAAUAAUAUUAUUCCAAUUCCUAAUCACCAUCAUUUAAAAGUACAUCCGGUCAACAAUUUUGUUAGCUCUCUUAAUUAAAUUAUUAUUUACCAUGAAAUAAAGUAUUGUAUAUUAGGGGUGUCUCGGGUUAUACGAACCCCGAUAACAGAAACCUGGUGUUUUCUCCGACCAAAAUCUGAAUGAAGGAAAUUCUGAAACUCCGCCCCAAUAUU